GAGGAGCCGAAAGCCCGGGCAAAGAGGCAGCUGCUCCGGGACUUUGGAGAGAAAACCACCCGCGCAAGACCACCCGCGCCCCGGAAGUCCCCAAGAAGAUUACCAUCAUGUCUGUGUCACACAGUUCCAAGCUAAACAAGGGGGUCAGAGACCAGUACAUGAAGCUACCUCAAGGGAAGAAAAUCCUAGCCACCUACAUUUGGAUCGAUGGGUCUGGGGAAGGCCUUCGCUGCAAAACCAGGACCUUCGACAAGGAACCAAAGAGCGUUGAAGAUCUCCCUCAAUGGAACUUCGAUGGAUCCAGCACGGGCCAAGCCGAAGGCUCCAACAGCGACAUGUUCUUGAUACCGGUUAGGAUAUUCAGAGACCCUUUCUGUCUGGACCCCAACAAGCUGGUGUUGUGUGAGGUUCUGAAAUACAACCACAAGCGGGCAGAAACCAACUUGAGGAACAGCUGUAAAAGAAUUAUGGAUAUGGUCAAAGACAGCCAUCCCUGGUUUGGGAUAGAGCAGGAAUACACUUUACUUGGCAUCAACGGGCACCCCUACGGCUGGCCUGAAAACGGGUUCCCAGGCCCACAAGGACCAUAUUACUGUGGAGUCGGGGCGGACAAAGUUUACGGACGGGACAUUGUGGAGGCUCACUACAAAGCCUGCCUUUACGCCGGGGUAGAGAUUGCUGGCACCAACGCCGAGGUCAUGCCUUCUCAGUGGGAAUUCCAGGUUGGACCUUGUGAAGGAAUCGAGAUAGGUGACCAUCUCUGGAUGGCCAGGUUUAUUCUGCACCGGGUCUGUGAAGAUUUUGGGGUGGUGGCCACCUUUGACCCCAAACCCAUGACCGGCAACUGGAACGGAGCUGGGUGCCACACUAACGUUAGCACUGCGGAAACGAGAGGAGAAGGUGGCAUCAAGUACAUUGAAGCCGCAAUUGAGAAGCUAAGCAAGCGCCACCAAUACCACAUCCGGAUGUACGACCCCAGAGGAGGGCAGGACAACUCCCGGCGGCUGACUGGCCACCACGAGACCUCCAGCAUCAACGAAUUCUCAGCCGGUGUGGCCAACCGUGGGGCCAGCAUCCGAAUCCCCCGCCAGGUUGGGCAGGACGGCCGUGGUUACUUCGAGGACCGCCGGCCUUCGGCCAACUGCGACCCCUACGCCGUGACGGAGGCCAUCAUGAGGACCAUCCUACUCAAUGAAACCGGCGAGGAGCCAACAGAAUAUUCAGACGAGGCCCGGUUGCAGAGAGCGACGGUCAAAGACUAACCAUGGCUCUUGCAGUGUGUUCCUUGCCAGUUUAGUAAACUUCCACCAUCUUCAGAAA